ACUUAAUCAUAAAGAAUAUUUUUUUAGUCUUUUAAUUAAAAAUAUUUUUUAUAAUCUAAUUUAAAUUAUUAUAUGCUGUGCGUACAUGAUUUUAUAAAAAAGUACGAUCAAUAUUUCUUGUUGGAAAAAACGCCGACUGGCAUCCGGAACAGCAGAAAGGAAGUCCGCGGUAAGAUAAGAAGGAUAAAGAAGUUCAAGUAAAAUAAACAUCGCGAAGGGCCUUUUGUGUAAACCCAAUACUAAAAUAAUAUAUCCCACACGGCGACAAAUCGACCGGCACUAAACGUAUCGCUUAACGUCUCUUUCUACAACAACAUACACGGUAUUUUGGAAAUUUAUAAACGAGAGAUGGUCUGUUCGUCGUUUUCUGACUACCCUUAAACAUUUCCAUUACACUAUUUCCGACCGCCAUAUGUCCGAGCGGACACCGGGGGCUGCUCGCAACGAUAAAAGCGAUCAAAGAAGCUCUCUCUCUCUUCCUCUCUCUCUCUCUCUCUCUCUCUCUCUAUUUCUCUCUCUCUCUCUCUCUCUCUCGAAAUAAAUUAAAUUAUUAAGAUUAUUGUUGAAAACAAAUAAAAACAAGAAUUUGAGAUUUUAGAAAAGUAGGAAUAGUCGUAAAUUUCACGACGAAAAAUAUAUGAAAUUAUGCAAAAAUGCGAAUAAAAUCCGUAUACUAAAAUCUGCUAAAAGAGAGUUACCUCAUCAUUUCAUUUACGUUAACUUUGAUCUUUUAUUUUUAGAACUCUAAAAAAAUAAAGAGUAAGUUAAACCCAUCAAAAUUAAUUUACAUUGGAAUGAAUAUUAAUUUUUUCUAUUAACGUUUUGUAGAUGCGAAGACCAAAAAUUUAUCAAUAAAGAAAAACAGUCCAAAUAUAUAAAAUAUAUAAAAUAUACAUACAAAUAUAUAAAAUACAUAAAAAUAGAGUAAAGCAAUAAAACUAUUAAAUAUCUUUGAAUUCUUGAAUGUCUUCGCAAUUAUGAGAAAGAGAAAAUUUUAUUUAAUAGAAAAUUUAAGCGUUAUAGCUAAGACGACCUCUUCUGUACUAUUUGUACUAUUCUGCAAUUUUUAGAUAAUUUUUUUACUUUCAUAUAGAGAUAUGCAAAUCAAGUACUUCGUGUGGAAUAAAAUUAUAUUUUGGAUUAUAGCAUGUUCGAAAUCAAAUCUGAAAUUUUUACGUUAUUUGAAUCAAAUCAAAUCCUUUUUCAAUGCGAAUCAAAUUCGAAUCUUAUUUUUUUGCGAAUUUAUUCUUUAAAUCAUAAUCAGUGGAUAUUCACUGAUUCACAGUAGCAUAUUUAUAACUGUGAUUAUUAGUGAAUAUUCACUAUCUUUCAGUAAUUUUCACUUUAGAAUUAGUGUAUAGUCACUGAAAGAUUAGUGUAUUUAAUUCACUGAUUGAUAAUCAGUAAAUGAUUAUCUGAUUGUGAUUUAAAGAGUAUGUUACAUAUUAAUUUAAGUGUGAAAUAUUUUUAAUGACGUUGCAGAUUCUUUUUAAUUGAGGAGAAAAUUAAUCGCAAGAAUUUGAAAAAUUGAUAAACAAUUAGGCUUGAAAAUUGAUAUGCAAUAAAUCACACAAGAGAUCUAGGUAAAUAAAACAAUCGAAAAAGACAAUCAAUUAAAAAUUCUCAAACUAUUUGAAUGCGAACCUUUCAAAUUCGAAAACGAAUAAAAUCGAAUUCACUGUGAUUGGAUUCAAUUCGAAUUCGAAUAUUCGAUAUUGGAACAAAUGUCUCGAGAGGCGAGAGACGCCGAAAGGCGCGAUAAAUUCCGUAGACGUGUAACAACUAGACUGCGUCCAUGUCAAAACGCGUCGAAAAAAUAGAAAGAGAAGAGCGCUGUACUGCGUUGUCAGACGAAGAUAGAAUGGUGAUACGAAGUAUUAUACUCUUUUCAAUUUUUGAGUCGCCUUUCGAGCCGAAUGCGCAGUUCAAUUAUUAUACUAUGAUAAAUUGCAAGAUUAUAUCGGGGUGAUUCACGCAUGGCGCGCAUGCUAGCAUCGUUCGUUCUCGUUGUUCCUAUAUGCCAAACAAGGACGGACGCGCUCGUUUGCAUCAUGCGUGUCGUGCGUGAAACGGAAUAUACCAUCUCGGUAUUUCGACGGCAUCGCGACGGGAUUUCCGGGAAGCGAGGUCGCGCUGAUGAUUUCGCGCCUUUUGCACCGAUCGCGGGGAUUCGUAACUGCGCACGUGUGUGACGCCGAUCUCGCCACGAGGCGUCUCGCGUGUCGCGCGCAGCCGUCAGAGCGGCCAGAGCAGAUUAGCGCGAAGCGCGCAGCCGAACCGAGUGGAAAGCGGGCAGGCGCAGGCAGCUCCGGUCAGUUAAUCACAGUCCCGGAGUGUGUUUCGGCCCUGACGCGAGGGGGACACGUCGAUCGAUCCACGCUACCUGUGUGCCGUUGUUGUUGUUUCUGUUUGUGGUGUUCGUAUACGCGCACGAUUUCACGAUGUAGCGCUAGCGGUAGGUCUCCCCCGCGGUAGGCAGCAGAAAGAUCCGCACACAACCGUCUAACCGAAACGACGGUACGUCGUCCUCCUCCUCCUUCGCGAGAGAGACAGAGAGAAGGAGAAAGUGCCUCGCUUCCGUCUUCCAUCCUGCCUGCUCCUCUCGACGUCGCACGGUGCUCAGUCCGGUGACUCCGGAGGCGAAGUGGAGUGCGUGAAGAGACAUCGCGGGGCCAGGUGUCGAAGUGCGAAUCGGCGUCAAGAUGGCGUCUGCUAUGAGCACAGCUGUUGUUUACCCACAAACCUAUGUGGUGCGGGUUGCCACUACCUGUGCCUACUGCCGCUGCUGAGAGUGUGCUGCUGCUGCUGCUGCUGCUGCUGAGGACGAGCGCGUGGCACGGCGCGGCGCGACGCUACGCGACGCGACGCGACGCGUCGCUUGGCUCCCCGUCGGAGAGGACGAUGGGAGGUGGUGUCCGAUGAACGAGAGUGGAGGGUCGGAGUAACGGAGAGUGAAUCGCGCGACGUGACGGGGACGUGACAAGAACGUGACCAGCGACGACGUCGACAACGAUAACGACGACGACGACGACGACGACGACGACGACGACGACGACGACGACGACGACGGCGGCGGUGGCGACGGCGGUGGAGGCGGCGACGGCGGCGGCGGCGGAGGUGGCGACGACGGCGACGACGUUGGUGACAGUGCUUGUGUCGGCAGCGGCGACGGUGGCGAAGACGACAGUGGUAGUGGCGGUGGCGGCGGCAGCAGCGACGACGACGACGACGACGACGACGACAACGGUGGUGGUGAUCAUACAGCUGUUGUUAUUAUUGGUGGCGGUAGUGGUGGUGGUGGUGGUGCGUCGAGAGAAAAACGGGACGCGCGAAGACGGAGGACUCAAUGGAAGAGGGUAGCGGGACCCGCGGCGACGGCAGGGGUCACCGAGUCAGCGCGAGAAACUAACCUAGCUAGGAGGUCCGCCAUCGCGCGAGGACGACGACGACGACCACGGGAACGAGAGCAAUCUCGGGAGGGUGCCUCCGAGGAAGAGGAGCGGCGAAGCUAGUUCUCGCCUCCGACGGUAUCGCCAUGAACGCCAGAACGCAACUGUUUGAAUUGAGCAUGGAGGGACGUCAGGUGGACGAGGCAGUGGCGAGUAUAUUCCACAGUGUAUUAUUCCACCGGAGCCUCGGUAAAUUCAAGUACAAACAAGAGGGCAGCUACUCGGUGGGCACUGUGGGAUACCAGGAUGUAGACUGCGACUUCAUUGACUUCACGUAUGUUUGCUGCUCGUCGAUACACCUCGAUCAGACGCUGAAGCGCGAGAUAUCGGGCUUCUCGGAGGCGCUGCGCUCCACCGACAGCCCGGGUUCCGGCCAGAUAUCUCUGGAAUUCUUCCAGAGGAAAAAGAGCCGCUGGCCAUUUCAGCCAGAGUGCAUACCAUGGGAAGUGUGGACCGUGCGUCUUGAACUCAUUAAACUGGCCACCGAGCACGAACGGCAGAUAUGUCGGGAGAAAGUGGGAGAUCUGCUGACUGAGAAGAUCCUCUACAUUACCGAGGUCAUGAAUCGGCAUGAUUACAUCCCAAAAGUGCCGAGUCAGGCUGAGCUGGAUCUGAUCUUCGACACUUCGUAUCCAGAUAUACAGCCGUAUCUUUUCAAAUUAUCCUUCACGACCUCUAGUCCAUCGACCACCACGAUGGGCAACACCAUGAAGAAAUUGAUUAGAGAGACGCUAUCCAUUUAGUCGUUAUAACAUAUAGCGUAAACGUUUUCACGUUAGUACAGUUCGUAUAUAGCUUACUAGAGUCAUUAAAAAAAAAACGCAAAUUUUACUUUUUCUCUUUCAUCCACGAUGCACAAUCGUUUCUGCAUUGCACUAUUGCGACUUUUAGACUUUUAGAUUUUCGUAUCCACUGUGACUUUAACCACCAGCUGUUAUAUAAGUUCUGGGGAAAGUACUAAAUUUGCGUUAUAAAGGAAGCAGAAUGGUCCCAAGUCUUCGGCCACUCGUUCCCAGUGGAAGCUACUAAAAGGUACUCGAGGUACUUUUGCCUACAUAGUAGACUCUGCCGGAUUUUGUAAGUUCUGUAGUAUCUCUUGAUAAUGAAAACAAUACUUCGUAUAUAUCGCAGGGACUUCCGCUGCUCUGUGUGUCUCUAAUGUCUUUAUAGUACAAAUGAACAACACUGUGACACUUGCUUCUUUUGUACUUUACUAUGAACGUCCGUCGCAUAAUUUUAGCAGGAUCACAUUAGUCACAUUUUAUACAAUAUUUUACUCCUCCUAACUCUACUUAAAUCUUGACAGGUGAUCGAUGUGAACAACAUUAUGUUCCUCUCUUGCUUCUCAUCCUUUUCAAAUGCUGUGUAUACCAUAGAAUAGAUUCAAGCGGUAAUUUUCUUUAAUAGAUCAAGAAUCUUUGCGCGCAUUACAUAGUGAAGAUAAUUUGAUUUAGAGUAAGAAUAUAGAGAUUUCGAGUCUCUAGUUGAAGAGCAGAAUGUCUUCAGAUUCUUUAAUGUCUAGUAGUCUUUGAGAAUACUGAAUCUUAAAAGUAACUCGUAACUUAUUCCUUGAUAAAUUCCUCCGACUACACGACGGCUGUAUUCGGCGCUAUUGUACGCUCUGUUUUUCAGUCAUUACAGUGAAAGUCUAUAUGUAUAAUUGUCCUAAACUGUCUGACGAUCAGAACGCUUAGAUUAUUCUGCAUAUAAAUACACACACACACACACACACACACACACACAACGUAGUGUAUGCACACACGUGUGUACAUGCGCGUUGCAUUCAAAGCUUCUAUUAUUUUCAUCGUAAGUUUAGUGCUGAAUACCCGAUCGUGUCUAAUACUGGAUUUAGUAAUAUGGAAAUUGUACAGCAACCGGGUCACAUUUAGCAUUAAAUGUGCGGAAGAGCAGAACGUUUAUUAUAAUUAUGGUGUAUGUAUGGAAGCGAUUGUUAUUUAUUUUCACGAGUGAUGAUGAUAUGACGUGACGUCAGACGUUACGUGUAUGCAGAUUAGCGAAUGCAAUUAUUUACAUGUUGUUCUUUUUUUUCAUUGAGAUCUUAAGUUAUAAUAAUCAAAUUAUAAAUUAUAAUAAUUAUUAAGUACGUAACGCGACGCCCGCAAUAUCGAAGCGCACUGAGUGAUACGAAAGAACCGCACGAAAAUUCGCCGUCACGAUUACAUUUUCCCAGACGUUUCGUGCCUUCGUAUCGAAUUUUUGAUAGGGAAAUUAAUAUGUUAGGGGACUAAAAUAUGUACCAGAUGAUAGCGUAUUAUUUAUUGAGCUCGAAGCAUCUUUUUCAUCUUGUAAAAGUGGAACAGUCUCUCUCGCGCGUGCAGAAGACAAAUCUGUGAUCCUUCUCGGAUUCGAGGCGAUUUUGUUCUAUUCCUUCUCAUACAAGUGACAAAUGUGUGCCGUUAACGUCGUGUCGUUUUAGGAUUUUCAAGCUGAUGGAAGGCGCAACAGCGGAUAUUCGGAACGACCCGAUCGGCGGCGACCCACGCCGCGAUCAUACAUUAUUAUAUUAUACAAUGUAAAUAGCAUAUGAGGAAUAUUGCCGUAAAUCAAAUCACGUCGUACCGAGGGUCUCUGCGUGUUCCGGGAUCCGCUCCUUGGCCUUGCCUAUGACCAAUCAACAAAAAUAUCACGACGCAUUAGUAGCGCACAUACCUUACAAAUUAAUCGUAGACGAGACGUGUACUGUUAAUUUAACAUGAUUAAUCAUAUAUCGUCCCUACUGCUUUUCUUUCUCCGCCGAUGUUCUUCAGGUAGUUUAAUAUGCAAUUGCGACUUAUAGCUGUAUGUUCCGCGACUCGAACGUCGAUUGGGUCUAUCUAUUGGGAAUGUUUUUUUUCUUGACCAUCGAUUAGAAAAAAAGAAAAAAAACCACGCAAUGGUCGUCUCUCUUUCUCUCUCUCUCUCUUUCUCUAUGAUUCCGUGUAGAAACGUCGAUCGCAGUCUCUUUUCCAGCGCAUUAUCUGGCCUUUACUUUUUACAAUUAUAUGACAUGCAUGACAUAUUGUAAAAAGUAAAAUGGCAUCGCGGCGUGGAGCCCGAUACGACAUUAUGACAAAGAGAAGCGCGCGUAUAUAAAUAUAUAUAUAAAUAUGGCAUAUAGAAAGAAUACAUAGAAAGAGAGAGGGAGAGAAAAAAGGAGCGAAAGAGCGAAUGGCCACGUGUGCAUGUGUAAAGUUUUGCGAGUUGUCGAAUUGCCACAUGCUGUUAUAAAUAAAUAAAAUUAUAUAAAUAUAUAAAUAAUAUAUAUAUAUAUAAAUAUAUAAAUAGAGCAAAAUAGAUAAAAUUGAGACCUGUAUAUUGUAAACUGCGAGACAAAUGUGACAAAAUGUGUAGUGUAUAGCGAGGAAGAUGAAAUAUCUGCAAGUUUUAAUUUAUCAUGAUGAGUACGCUGACGAUAAAUGAUUAAUUCUUAAUAAAUUACUGUAUUUUAUAAUAA